CUUAUUGUGGGGGAUCUCUUCAAAGCCAAGGAUGACUACGGGCAAUAUGGUGACCUCGCACAGGAGUUGAUUACAUGGCUUCGUAGCAAAACCCACAUUCUCGCACUCCUUCGUGAAUUGCAAAUGUCAACCGUGGGAAAGACGUUGGCCAUCAUUCGUGCUGUUCUCACUCGAUGGUUGUCGCAUUAUUUAGCAUACCGGCGACUUUUAGAUGUUCGACCAUCACUAGAGCUAUUGAUAGCAAAGCAUGAAGCAGAGAUACGGUCUACAGGUGAUGCUCGUUCACGAGCAAAGACCUCAGCCGCCAUCGCAACAAUCAAAAAUCCAACAUUCUGGCAUGCGAUGGCUCAAUGGAAGAACCUUUUGGAGCCAAUUGCCCUGAUGACGAAUGUUCACCAAGCUGCCCACUCGAAACCUGAGCAUAUUCCAAUCUCAUUUGGGUUUCUCUACUACCAUUACUCAAGAGUUGGCGAUGAAUCUGACCUUGUGGCUCGAAACGCGGUCCUGGAGAGUGCCGAGCGUCGCUGGGCUCAAGUUGAUCAAGAAGUUUUCAUUGCCGCUGUUAUCGUCAACCCACUCUACAAAGACAAACCAUUCAAAAAUAUUCCUCUGACAACACGUGCUGGGCUAAUGUCCCUCUUCAGUCGCCUCUGGACACGUUUUUACGGUGGAGUGCCACCACUCGAGCUUUUUACAGAUCUCGAUAACUAUCUAAAAAGUUCGCCUGAAUUCCAGCCACUUGACAUAUAUACGCAAAUAUUAGUAUCUCGUGCAAAGGACCAGGUAAUCUAUCCACUACAGCUGUGUUCCUCCAUGUCUGACCUAUUUCUGCCUACAGGGCACAUCAGUUGA